GGAAGACGCAACAAUAGUAGACGCUAUAAAAACCGCAGCCAUUCUCACUAAUAAUCAGAUAUGUUUUUGCAUCAGACUGCGAAGCAAUGUCCCGGCGAAGUCAUAGAUUACUGACGAGCGGUUAUUACCGCAAUGAUGGUGAAAUAAGCGAAGAGGACAAGUACAGAGAGAGUCGUGUCAGAAAUGGACAUACACACAGGAGGAGGAGGGCUCAGUCCCACGGUUCCUGGUCUUCCACGUCUUUCAGCCCUGAGGACUCAGUGGACUUCAGUGGUGUGGCCGAUGCCCUGAGGGCGACUCUUCGGACAUCCUCAGAUGCCUCCAGACCCCCCUCUGCUGUGUCCCCCUGUGGGCCCUCCGUGUCCUCUGGGAUUGUGACCCCCGUGUCCCCUCGGUCCCCCUCCCGGCUGGAGCAGUCCACCUCUGGGUACUCGUCCGCUGAGGAGCUGGAUCACACCUGGAGGAGGAGGAGCAGGCAGCCCAAUAAGAACCAACACCAGGACAGUGAGCUGGCUGCUGGUCUCCACCUGGCUCGCUGCACCUUCCUUGACCUCCUGAAGGGAGUGCUGUUGCUCAUCAGCAAGAGCUUUAGAAACACUGCACUGACUCUUCUGGCUUUGACCUUUCUGACUACUUGUACUGGAUUUUGGUGUCGCUUUCCCGCUCCCUCUUCUCAUAAACUGAAUGCUGAAUCUACUCACAUCGCACAGAAGUUUGACAUGGACCCAAAGGUGGCGGCUGACCUCAGAGCCCUGCGUGAGGAACUCGUGGAACGCAUCAACCAAGAAAACGCCAGAUGGAUGGAGACCUGGACCAGAGAGUUGGACGAUGCCAAGCGAGACAUUAAUCUCCUGAAGAAGAAUGGGAGGAAACAUCAGCACGCGUCUGAGCGUCUGCAAACAGACAUGGCAAUCCUAAAUGACGUGGCAAAAAAUAACUACCUGCAGACUGAAGUGACUGGACAGAUCACAGUGAUGUCUGAGAACAUUGCUGAACUGAAGAACAGGCUAUCCCACCUCAGAGAAGACCACCACUACAUUCGGCAGCACAUCGCAAAACAAGAAGACAGCAACGCUAUCUAUGCAGAGAUGAAGAAGGAGCUCACUGACUGGCUGAAGCAUCAACUCAGGGCGCAGUUUGGACAGCGUGACGCCACUGUUCUCCACCGUGAUCUGCAAGGAGCGUUGGAGGUCCUUGAGGAGAGGCUGCUUCAGGGUCUUCCUGAAGAGGAACAUGGCAGACAGGACCACGUCUGGGGCAUCGUGGCGGAGGUCCUGCAGAGGGAAGGACUUGGUUACAUCACGGUCAAGGAUGUUCAUGAAAUUGUUCAGAGAGUAUCGAGUCUUUAUAAAGAGGAUGGAACUGGAAUGGCUGACUACGCUAUGGAGUCACUGGGGGCACGUGUGAUUGAGUCCAGGUGUUCAGAGACACACCAGACCAGACCCUCCUGUACCAGCCUGUUUGGAAUACCACUGUGGCGCUGUGAUGGCUCAGAGAGUCCACGCACUGUUAUACAGCCUGAGGUCCAUCCUGGGAAGUGUUGGGCGUUUAAAGGCAGUGAGGGUUUUGUCACCAUUGCCCUGUCCCUCUCCGUGCGUGUCACCCAUGUCAGCUUAGAGCACAUCCCCAGGAGCCUGUCCCCCACCGGACGCAUCGACAGCGCACCCCGGGACUUUGUCGUUUAUGGCUUGAGAGGCAUUGAUGAGCAGGAGGAAGGUGACAUACUGGGUAGAUUCACAUACGACUCCGAGGGCCAACCCAUCCAGACCUUCCAGCUACCGGACUCUGCGAAGGAUGUGUAUCACGCAGUGCAGUUGAGGGUCCUCAGUAACUGGGGCAAUCCUACGUACACCUGUGUCUACAGAAUCAGGGUUCAUGGGCACACACCAGCCGACUGAGAUGAGAUAGACACACACCUGCACACAGCAUCCUCAGAGACUUUAUUUUCAUCACAGAGUUGCAUUAUUUCCUUAAAAAAAUAAAGUGAAAGUUUUCUUUUUCA